AUGGCAGCAGAGGCUGCGCAGACGAAUCAGGCCACUUGCGCAGAUGCCCCAGAUCUCGCAAGACAUCACGGCGAUAACGUGAAUGAAGAAAACGCCGCCUGCCUAGACAUGACUUCACGUCGUCCCUCCCUCGCUGCUCUGCCCAUGUCCAACACAACUUCGAGCAACAGCAUGCACACUUCGAGCAGCCAGUACUGGCGUGAUGACCCCUGUCCAACCUUGCACGAGCGCAAAGACUCAACGAUCACAUCGAACCUCUCUACGACCUCGCUAGACACGCUCAAUGACAGCUUCGAUAGCGAGAUUGAUCGGAAUGCCUCGCUUGCCAUGACACUCGACACCAAGGCCACCUUUGCACUCCUCACACAGCUAGACAAAGACCCACAAGGCUUGAUCGAACGCAUCUCUCGCUUUCCCAUCAGCCAGUCAUCUUUCAAAGCCGUCUCACGCCUGGCAAACCAACUUGAAGCGGCGCAACUGAAACCUCACAUCAAUCCCAGCACCCAACAUCUCACCCAUGAUGCCAUUCACCGAGCUCAGCGCACUUCGGAUGACGUUGAUGAUUUUUGCAAGGAGCUCGUUCGUAUCGUCGACUCCGUGCGCAAUGGCAGCCUCGCCCACAAAUUUGCCGUCUCAAAGUCCAGCGAUGUGUUCUUUGGACCCAAGCAAGCCAUCAAUGAGCUCGUUACCAGUCUGCGCUCAUUUGCAGAGACCGUCGACGCAUCUAUGAAAGAGGCCGAGGCUGACCGCGUUGUCACGGAGAAUCUGGACGACAGCGAGCGCAUCCUCGAUAGUCCGCAUAGAUCAUGUCCCAUCGAGCUCGAAGGUCAAGCAGGUCAAUGGCAGACGGUAGCCGAGAACAUUGCCACCAUGGCUCAUCAGAUUGUCUCCCAACGCCGCUCGGUCCGCUCGAUUGCAUCUGUCGUCGCUGCCGUGGCCGAUGGCGAUCUCUCAAAGACUGUCGACAUCGACGUACAAGGCGACUUUCACGAGCAGAAGCGCAUCGUGAACGCGAUGGUCAAAUCGCUCAAGACUUUCUCAAUCGAAGUCAACAGAGUCGCCAAAGAGACCGGCACAGACGGUCAGCUCGGCGGUCAUGCGAACGUUCAAGGCGUCAAAGGAGAGUGGAAGAAUCUUACUGACAACGUGAACCUCAUGACGAGCAACCUUACGACGCAAGUACGAUCUAUUGCCGCUGUCACAAAGGCUGUCGCUGAAGGUGACCUCUCUAAGAAGAUUGAAGUCGACGUAAAGGGCGAGAUUGCCAACCUCGUCGAGAUUGUCAACAACAUGGUCGACAGUCUCCGACUCUUUGCUUCCGAGAUCAGUCACGUCGCAGUGGCAGUUGGCACGAAAGGCAAUCUCGGCGUCACCGCAAAAGUCGAUAACAUCAGCGGUACAUGGUCCGAGAUCACAGGCAACGUGAAUUGCAUGGCGAACAACCUUACGAGUCAGGUGCGGGCGUUUGCCCAGAUUGCCACUGCGGCUGCCAAUGGCGAUUACUCUUCUGUCGUGACUGUCGAGGCCAGUGGAGAGUUGCUAGGACUCAAGAAGCAAAUCAACACUAUCGUCUUCAGCUUGCGCGAGAGCCUGCAGCGCAAUGCCGCUGCCAGAGAAGCUGCCGAAUCUGCCAAUCAGAGCAAGUCUUCCUUCCUCGCCACCAUGAGUCACGAGAUCCGCACGCCGAUGAAUGGCAUCAUCGGAAUGACGCAUCUGACGCUCGAGAGCGAUCUCACUCGUCAGCAGCGCGAGAACCUAAUGAUCGUUUCUGCUCUGGCUAACUCUCUCCUACUCAUUAUUGACGACGUUCUCGAUCUUUCCAAGGUCGAAGCAGGUCGAAUGACAAUUGAGGAAAUUCCGUAUUCUCUUCGAGCGACCAUGUUUAGCGUGUUGAAAUCGCUUGCCGUCAAGGCCUCGCAGAACAAGCUUGGACUACUCUACAAGGUCGAGCCAGAUGUUCCAGAUUGUCUCGUUGGCGAUCCCUUUCGGCUCCGUCAAGUCUUGACCAAUUGCGUCGGCAACAGCUGCAAGUUCACAGAGACUGGCAAUGUGACAGUGUCCUGCAGGAUGGCUGACAUCCAGCCAGAGGGCGGCCAUCUGCUCGAGUUCUGCGUGGCCGACACCGGUAUUGGUAUCAAGGCUGACAAGCUCGAUCUGAUCUUUGACUCUUUCUGUCAAGCCGACGGCUCUACCACCCGACGCUACGGUGGCACAGGACUCGGUCUGACGAUCAGCAAACGCCUUGUCUCCCUCAUGGGUGGCGACCUAUGGGUAAAGAGCACAUAUGGUCAAGGCUCGCAAUUUUACUUUACGAUCCACUGUCGAUCUGGAGCAUGGACGCACGAGUCUAUUCGCUCCAAGAUGGCCGUUUAUGCUGGCCGAAGAAUUCUGAUCAUCGACACCUUUGAUCACUCGCAUGCGAUGAAAGCUGCAGCUGCUGAAUGCGGCCUCGAGGCUGAUGUCGUUACUUCGGUCGAAGCAGCCUGUGAGCGUCAGGCGCUCGGCCUUACGUAUGACGGCCUCGUGGUAGAUCAGAUCAAGACCGUCGAAGCUUUGCGAGAGAUUGAAGAAUUGCGCUACAUUCCUCUCGUCCUUGUCACAACCCAGCUGCCGAAGAUCGAUCUCAAGGGCUGUCUCGACAAGGGCAUCGUGAGUGCAGUCGAUGCCGAGUGUGAUUGCCAGGCUCUGGCCAAUGCGCUCAUGCCCGCCCUCGAGACCUCUCAUCGUAAUGGCUGCGAAGCAAACGGCGAGAGCGCUUGCUGUCUUCUUGCCGAAGACAAUGCAGUCAAUCAGAAGGUGGCAGUCAAAUUCCUGGAGAGCGCAGGCCACAAGAUCACCAUUGUCGAGAACGGCGCACUCGCGGUCGAAGCGGUCAAGCGUCGCUCGCCCUCUUUCGACGUGAUCCUCAUGGACGUCUCGAUGCCGGUCAUGUCUGGUCUGCACGCAACAGAGAACAUCAGACGCUACGAGGAAGAGAAUGGCCUUGACCGCACGCCCAUCAUCGCCUUGACGGCGCAUGCCAUGCUUGGCGAUCGCGAGAAGUGCCUCUCUGCGGGAAUGGACGACUAUCUCUCGAAACCUCUCCGCAAGCCUGAGCUUCUGGGCAUGAUCUCGUCGCUCGUCUCGUUCCGUAGACUGAGUGCUGGCGCCAGCAAAUCGUUUUGCGUUCGUCAUAUGACCACUCGCAAGCCAGGCAUCGCCAAGCCUGGCGUUGUGCUGUCCCAGACGGCAUUACCAAAUCGUGCGCAAAUCUUGAGCCUCAGGCUGCAGUACGCUGCCUUCAAGGUCGAGCAUGGCUGGCAGAAUCAGAAGCUGGGCGAAGUAGAGAAUCUCUAUUGGAGCAAGCAGAAGAAUCAAGCCGCCAGUGGACACAGUGAAGACGUCCAGGCACCCUCAUCGUCAUCAUCCGUCGGCGGCGGCAAGACGAGCUCUCCCGCCCUGCGCAGUCCGGCAGUCUUUGUUGAGCCCAACGCUAGCAAACGAAGACGGACGAGCACCAAUGAAGCAUCAGAGCUGAUCACUCAAAAGCGCCCGAGGACGAGAGAACAGAGUGUCAGCGGGACGACGGCAACACCGCUGCGUUCACCUACACGAGCAAAAGAUCAAACACCAUCCAGUGGAUCUGGCCUGACUUAUGCCAGCUUCUGGGAGACGCUAGGCAAUCGCGCAGCGCUCAAACCAUCAGAACAAGCCAAUUAA